AUGGCAAAGCUGCCAGAUCUCCCAACAGAGCUCCUGCUUAUCAUUGCCUCUUUUCUCUGGAGCAACCAGCCCGCGAAGAAGCGCCUGCUCGAGACCAGCAUCAACAGACAACACCAACCGCUCGCCAGGUCCCUUUACCGUGAGCGCUCUUCCGUCAUCAACCUCUCGAGCGCAUGCAAAGCGCUACACGAGGCGCUCAAGGCGGAGAAAUACCGCUUCGUCAGCAUCCACGGGCAUAACAGCGCCCAGAAGCUGCUCUCCCUACUGCGCCUCAUCCGCGUGCGGCCCGAGAUUGGCCAUCACAUCCAGCGGUUUCAUCUGCGGCUCAUCCCGUUCGACAAAAAAGUCACAUCGGUGAGCUACGAGCAGCUACGUUCCCUGAGGACAUGGGCGGAAACAAUCGGCGUCGUUGUCGAUGAUGCGGUGCUAUCGAGCGCGCUCAAGUACGACGACUACAAAGACCCAGACCCUGGCGUCGGCCCAUAUAAACACGACAAAACAUGUCUCAGUAUCUUGUGCGCCAUGAUGUGCUACUACUUGCGGAAUGUCAAGGAGAUCAGCCUUUCGGUAUCUCUCGGACUGUUUUCCAUCUUCCCCGAUCAACUCAUGUCACGACGACCAAAAUCGACGUGGAAUCAAUGCUCAGUAAACCCUCUUCCAAAUCUCCGAUCACUAGCAUUAGAGACCGACCAGCCUGAAGUGCGGGGAGGCGACUGCAUGGAUCUUGAAGACAUCAUCAGAAUGGCGGAUGUAGUAAAGGGCGUCUCUGAAGUCUAUCUGCGUGGCUUUGGCCUACGGGUUACAUUCCAGAUGACGCUCUCCAACCAUUUCCUCCACAGUCUCGUUCUACAAGACGUUUUCUUUCCUCCCGGAAAGAUCUCUGUGUAUCGCUUCCUGGAGUCCUGCAAGAGUCUCGCAAGCUUCACCUACUUGAGAACCGACAACAUGGCUGACCACCUUAGGCACUCACUACCCUCUCCCGUGCGAAUGCAAAGAGCCUUGCGUAACAGCCGAAAGUCCCUGAAAACGCUGUGCAUCUACUGCGGCCCGAAAAUCCGAGAUGACGGAACCGCCCAGUUCCUCGAUACUUUUGGGAGAUUUCACUGUUUGGAGAGCUUGUGGGUCGAUGCAUGGAGCUGCGGGUGGGCGGAGGGAGACAACGUCGAAACCGACGUCGAGAUCGAAUCCGAGUCCAACUUUCUGGAGGAGGAACCGACCCCGGCUUCGGCGGUCAGGCUAAUUCACACUCUCCCCCCGUCUCUGCGACGGCUUCAUAUUGACGGUCCCAUCGACCGCAUUUACGACAGCCUGAGAUGGUUUGCCAACCACUGUAGGGACGGGAUGAUGCCUCGCCUCAAGGAGCUCGCCUUUGAUGACUUGGACUCCCGAAUCGCCACUGAAAAGCUCAAGUCCAUGUUCAGAGAAGCGGGAGUUAAACACUGUAAAGUAGACAAGGAUAUUGUAAUGUGGUGA